CGACUAUCUUGUUGACGCGAGGUGUUUUGUGGGAAAAUUAUCGCUCGGUCGCCAUUUUCCUCUACCGACGGGGGAGGCAUUCUAAUAGGAAUUGGAGUUUUGAAACACCCGCAACGUUUUCAAGUCCGUCAAACCUUUAGUGGACCAUGGCGAGUCCGGGGAAAGAUAGCUACAGGAUGAAGAACUACAAGAACAAAGCUCUGAAUCCUCAAGAAAUGCGUCGAAGGAGAGAGGAAGAAGGAAUCCAACUGCGUAAACAGAAAAGAGAGGAGCAGCUGUUUAAGAGGAGAAAUGUAAGUACGCCAUCAGGUGAUGAGUCAAUGUCAGAUUGUCCAAUCCAGGAUCCAGACAUCAGCUCCACAGUGCCGGUCACCAGCGAUGCCGUCAUAACACCUGAUAUGGUUCAGAUGAUUUUCUCUGAAGACCCAGACCAGCAGCUGAUUGCGACACAAAAAUUCCGAAAACUCCUGUCCAAAGAUCCCAACCCGCCCAUAGACGAAGUCAUUGCCACGCCUGGCGUUGUGAAUCAAUUUGUUGAGUUCCUGAAGAGGAGUGAAAACUGCACAUUGCAGUUUGAGGCAGCCUGGGCGUUAACCAAUAUUGCCUCAGGCACCUUCCAGCACACCAAGGUUGUGAUUGAAACAGGAGCUGUGCCUAUUUUCAUCGAGCUGCUGAAUUCUGAGUAUGAAGAUGUGCAGGAACAGGCUGUGUGGGCACUGGGCAACAUCGCUGGAGAUAAUGCAGAGUGCAGGAACUACGUACUCAACUAUGGCAUUCUACCUUCUCUACAGCAGUUACUCGCGAAAUCCACCCGUCUCACAACAACUCGAAAUGCAGUUUGGGCUCUGUCCAACUUGUGCCGUGGGAAAAACCCGCCACCGGAUUUCUCCAAGGUGUCGCCGUGCCUUAGUGUGCUGUCCAGGCUUCUUUUUAGCAGUGAUCCAGAUGUGCUCGCAGACGCUUGCUGGGCCCUAUCCUACUUGUCUGAUGGUCCCAAUGAGAAGAUUCAGACAGUCAUUGAUUCUGGAGUUUGCCGCAGGCUGGUGGAGCUGCUCAUGCACAGCGACUACAAAGUGGUUUCUCCCGCUUUACGGGCAGUUGGCAACAUUGUCACAGGAGAUGACGUUCAGACACAGGUGAUCUUGAACUGUGCAGCGCUGCCUUGUUUGCUCCACUUGCUAAGCAGUCCCAAGGAGUCGAUCAAAAAGGAGGCUUGCUGGACUGUGUCCAACAUCACAGCUGGAAACAGAGCUCAGAUUCAAAGUGUGAUCGAUGGCAACAUUUUCCCGAUACUGAUUGAGAUUCUUCAGAAGGCAGAGUUUCGCACAAGGAAAGAAGCAGCGUGGGCCAUAACAAACGCCACUUCAGGUGGUACUCCUACACAGAUCAGGUACCUGGUUUCUCUGAGUACCAUCAAGCCCAUGUGUGACCUUCUCACCGUGAUGGACUCCAAGAUCGUGCAGGUCUCACUGAACGGUCUGGAGAACAUCCUCCGACUGGGAGAACAGGAGGCCAAAAAGAAUGGAACAGGCAUCAAUCCUUACUGUGCACUUAUCGAGGAGGCUUACGGCUUGGACAAGAUCGAAUUCCUGCAGAGUCACGAGAACCAGGAGAUCUACCAGAAGGCAUUUGACCUGAUUGAGCACUAUUUUGGUGUGGAUGAGGAAGAUGCCAGCCUGGCGCCACAGGUGGACCAGGGUCAGGGCCAGUUCAUCUUUCAACAACAGGAAGGACCCAUGGAAGGUUUCCAGCUCUAACGUCAAUCACCUCACCUUCACCCCGUUUUCCUGAAUUCAAGGAUCUCGUUAUCUGAUAAACAAAGUCCUGACCUACAGUAAUUUUUUCUGGGCCAGCUCCACCAGCUCCAACCCUCAGACCAUCCACAUCCUCAAGGCCUUCCAAAACAACCAUCUCUGAUAUGAUGUUGAGAUGUGUGAAUACUGAGCUAAAUGUUAGCGCGUUAGGCCCAUUAAUGCUUCCUCAACGUGAACAAGCCCGUACGGGUCGGUCGUACCUGCACUAAGGAAAAAGAAGUAUUCUCUUUUGAUAUAGUGUAACUUUGGGUUUCCAUUGGUGUUUUAUUACAAAACCCAACAGUGCUUGUGUCUCAAUCGAAAACCAAUCACAUAAUUCACAUUCACAUCCCUAUUGAAAUGUGAAUUUGCCUCGCUAUUGCUCAGAUGGGGUGGGAGGUCAAAAUCCCUCAACAAUCUGAGGAUUUUAUUCUAUUAUGGUCAAAAUUGGAAGGGGUGCCUGUCAUGACGACACAGGUACUGGAUGUAAAUACAGUGCAACUGUCAAUCCUCAGAGAGCCCCUUCCUCCUGAUGGACAACUGUGGGUCCUUAUUUAUUUAUCUUGUGUGAGAGCUGGGUUGCUUCUGUUAUUCCAGCUUUCCGGUCAGGCUGAUAGUUCCUUUGUAAAGCUUUCCAUCUUCCCGUAGUCAGGCAAGAUUGCUGCCUGUGAUAGGAUGCAUCCUGAGCAAAGGUCUCAUUCAAAGAACGUAGCCUAAACUAGCAAAAUGAAUUGUUGUGAAAUGAUGAAACAGGGUUGACAUGGAGGGUUUUGUAUAGCAUAUAUAUGUGUAAGAUUGUAAAGCAACUAUUUAAAUGGCAGUGGGAUGUCGAUGUAUGAAGGUGUAGUGUUUACAGUCGUGACUGCUUCUCCUUGAUAGCUCAAUAAUUAGGAUGAGGUUACCCUACUCUGAACUUGUGUGCUUUUUUUCCCCCCUCACAUUGGGACUUGGUGGAAGUUAUAUCCAUAACAGAAGCACAGUGUUAUAUUUUUUGUCCUCCCCCCAACUUGAUGCCAUCCCCUUCAAACAUACAUUAACCAUAUUUCUUGCACAUAAAUGCACAAUUGAUUACUGCAAUGUUAAUUGGUGGACAACGAGAAAUGAUCUAUAUUUACAUGGAAAUAUUUGUAAUGCAGAAUUUAUUUCAUCGAGCACAUUCAACAGUGUAUAGUUUUCUAAUAUUUCUGGUUUGUAUGAUUUUUUUAAAUGUUUUAUUAGCACAUUUCUUGUUUGAGAAUUCAUUUGCUGUGUUGUGGCUCUCGGAAAAAAAUGGAAAAAAAAGAAAAAAAAAUCCUGAUAGACCUCCACAAGUCUGUGUACAGGUGCGACAUAUCAUGCAGCCAGACUGAGACUUUGAAGCUGUAUUAUGUUGCUGGCAAUGCCUGUGUCUGGAAUACACAUCUGAUAUUUUCUGGCAAGAACUAAUAAAUGCAACCGUCUGAUAGAGA